UGAUCUUAGUCUUGGAAGGCUGGAGCUACAGGCUGAGGAGGAAGAGAAGAUCAUCUUACAGCAGGCAACAAUCUGCAUCAUCUCAUCAUGAAGAUGCUUUGUGUGUGUUUGCUGCUUUGUGUCGUGACGACUCUGACCAGAGCUGCUGCUGUUCCUGAAGCAGCAGCAGAAAGCAAUCAACUAGCUGAGAGUCACCUGGUCAAGAGGUCGGUGUAUUGUUCUGGUGGAUGGUCUGCGUUCAACGGUCGAUGUUUUCGCUACAUUCCAACACCAAUGACUUGGGCUAAAGCCGAGAGAAACUGUCAGGCUCUUGGUGGAAACCUGGCAUCAGUGCAUGACUUGAGUGAGCACCUCAAGCUUCAGAGGCUGAUAACAGCUGCCACCUACGCGAACGAAAAAACCUGGAUUGGAGGCUCCGAUGCUCAGGAGGAGAAUGUUUUUCUCUGGAGUGAUGGAACACCUUUCCGCUACACCAGCUGGUGUUCUGGAGAGCCGAACAACCAUCUCGCCCCACAGCACUGCAUUCAGAUGAAUUUUGGAGCCUCCAAAUGCUGGGACGACUUGCAGUGUUCGUAUCGUCGUCCGUCUGUCUGCGCCAAGAGAAUCCGAUGAUUCCUGAGCAUGAAGUACCUGUAAAAAACAAAAACACUGACUGUGUUUAUAUGUUCUUACUUCUUUGUGUGAUCUGUAUCAUUUCAAAACCAAAGACUCUUUAUAUCUCUUUAAAGCUUUAUAUCUUGUCUACUGCUGUAACGCAACUGAAGGAACAGAGCGACAAGUCACACAAACAGGAAGUGGAUCAUCUCCGAGGCCUGGUGCCUUUAAUUAGAGUGAAUGUGGAAUGAAAAGAAAGCUUUUAGCACGACUCUCCUUUCUUGUCUUUUGCAACAUUAAACGUUUCAAGCAUUGAAUCAAA